CACAAAGUCGAGUCCAUCAAAGACAUAAGAUCAACCUCAGUGAGACUCCUAGAAAGAAGGCAACACCGCACACACCACAACUGCACAUGUACCGAAUCCUCCAAUGACAGAACAGCUGGAUGCAAGAACCUGCACAAAUGCACAACAACCGCUAGAAAGAUACUAGAUAACCUCCUCCCGAAAUUCAAUCCAAACACAUCGCCUAAGAAAGAUGACUUAACACUAACACACCAAAGACUAGAGAAAAAUGCACAAGCAAUGAGACAACAACAAGGCGAGAUCCUCUUCAACCCAUCGGUAACAGAAAAGAACAACCUAUCUGAAUGCUUCCACAUUUUUGUUGACCCGGAAAGAGAAAUCCAAUUACCAGCAUAUAGACUUAAGAUCCCUGCAAUGAGAAGAUUAAUGAACAACAACAAAGUAGUGAUAUACACAGACGAAUCCUGCACCAACAACGGAAAAGAAAAUGCAAGAUGCGGCGGUGGAAUAUGGGUAGAAGAGAACCACCCGCUAAACCGUGCAAUCAGAAUCCCCGGCCCAGACCAGUCAAACCAAGUAGGGAAAAUAGCAGCUGUGCUAGUGGCACUACAAACAAUAAGUCUGACAACUCCAAUAACAAUUAUCACCGACUCACACUACAUUAUUAAUGGAAUGACCUCUGUUAGGUACCGUGCCGACUCAGGAAGCAGAGGGGUCGGGGCUUGGCUUCAGCUCUUGCGCUGUGCCCUUAGCUGA